AUGGGCAAUCUACCUCAUUUCCGUCUAAAUCAAGUAAAGCCAUUCAGUAAGGUCGGCGUGGAUUUUGCGGGCCCUUUUGACUUUAAAGCAGCCAUGAUACGCAAGAUCAAAAUAACCAAAGCCUAUAUAUGUAUAUUCGUCUGCAUGGUCACUACCACAGUUCAUAUCGAAAUCGUUUCCGAUUUAUCGACCCCUCUUUUCAUCGGUGGUCUGAACCGCUUCAUCAGCCGGAAGGGCCGGUGCACGGAUAUCUAUAGUGACUGUGGCACCAAUUUGGUGAGAACCCAUCGAUACUUAACGGAGGUAGAGACUAUAAUCCAGGGUGCAGAUUUUACCAAUAACGUUCUUGAACAUCAAAUUCGAUGGCAUUUUAACCCACAUUCGGCGCCACACAUGGGAGGGAUAUGGGAGGCGGCCGUAAAAUCGACAAAUUCACUUUUACAUCGUGUUAUCCAGAACACCGUUCUUACAUACGAAGAACUAAACACAGUACUCCACCAAGUGGAAGCUACGCUAAAUUCAAGACCUAAGUCUUUUUAA